GUGUAAGAAACAGAGCAAGCACAAGUGUUUCAACCCGCCUGCUGAGAGAGACAGUGAGAACAGAGCAGAGAUGGGAAGGAGGCCAUGCUGUGCCAAACAAGGUCUAAAUCGGGGAGCAUGGUCUGCUCGGGAAGAUAAAAUCCUUACCAAUUACAUUAAAAUCCACGGCGAAGGGAAAUGGAGAGACCUUCCUCAAAGAGCUGGGCUGAAGAGAUGCGGAAAGAGUUGCCGGCUCCGAUGGUUGAAUUAUCUAAGGCCAGAUAUCAAGAGAGGCAACAUUUCUCCGGAAGAAGAAGAGCUCAUUAUCAGACUACAUAAGCUCCUUGGUAACAGGUGGUCACUCAUAGCCGGGAGGCUACCGGGGAGAACAGACAAUGAAAUAAAGAAUUAUUGGAACACGAAUUUAAGCAAGAGGGUGGUGGGUGACAAGAAUCAUGAUAUUAAUAAACAAUGUAGUAUGGAGUCGAAUCCAGGAACAAAACCAGAAACUCAGCAGCCGGUUAUUCGGACAAAAGCAGUGAGGUGCACAAAGGUUAUCAUCCCAUGGCAACUACAUAAUCAUCAAAUGGUGGAUAAAAAUAUAUUUCCAGUUUGGGAUUGUGACAGCCCCUCCUGCUCAGCUCAGCAGGAUGACAAUUCCUGUGGGUUUCUUAAGGAUUUUGAUAUUAAUGAUCUUUUGAUAUCAGGCGUGCUAUAUUCGGACCAGGAUAAAGAAAUCAUUAAUGAAUGUGAGAUUGUGGUGGAUGGAGAUCAGGUGCAGGUGCAGCCUAAGAGCAUGUCUAUCUCAUGUCCUGAUGAUCAUCAAGAUUUUCCAGUUUCUAGAGAUGAUCAUCGUGAUCAAGCCAAGCAUGAAGACUCCAUAGAUGGAGCUGCAGCUGCAAGGCCGGAUAAUUGGAGGGAUAGUCAAUGUAGCCAUGACCCUUUUCUUCAACCAAAUGAUGCGUUGGAUCUCACGACAUUGGCAUCUUUCCUAAAUUCAGAGGAUGAAUGGAUUAGUUGAAAACAAACCCCACUACAGAAAUAAUCCCACCAGUUCCAUGAAUAACUUGUUCCCAUUUGUUGUCUUUGUCACCGAAAAUUAUGGUUUCCAAUAAUAAUUGAAUGGCUGGUUUAGGUUAAUUAGGUUUUCAUCAGUUAUAUGUCCUACUGUUUUAAUGUUGUUCUUCUAUGAUUAUUGCCUUAUAUAACUAGAAAGUAAAAGUAGCAGUUGAAACGUGUCCAUGUACGAGGUUUUCAUUAAAAAAAACUUGUUUAUCUA